UACCAUGGUUUUGGUUUUACACACGACCGAUACCAUGAUACCAUUUGACACAUACCGUUUCCGAUUCUGAUCUCUGCCACUGCCAAUUUUCCGUUCGUCGUUGUUCAUGUUCAUCUAGAGAUCUAGAUGUGAUAUGUGUGAUGCCGAUUGUCCAGCCACUGCUGGUUUGCCUUUGUAAAGAAAUCCAAGACAUUAAAUUUGCACAAUUUAAUUCUAAAAUGCUGCUUAAGUGUCGGGAAGGUGAAGUUUUGAACUUCGCAUGAACAGUUGGGUGUCCAUGGGAGCUGAUGGCAGUGACGUCAAAUCAUCAGCUUGUACUUCCAACCAUUUGGCCCAGACCAUAACGCUGAUCCUGUUAAACUGUGCAAGACUAUCCUGGCCCAAUAGUCUCAAAGAUGCAUUCACCACAGCCCUUGUCUAUCCCGAGUAUGCCGUGCCAACCCCCGUUGCCUUCAGCUAGCAAUGUCUCUAUUCUUCCUCCAUUGCCGCCCGGACCCCCUCCUGGACUCCCACCUGGACUUCCGCCUGGACUUCCACCUGGACUUCCACCUGGACCACCACCUGGGCCACCACCUGGACCACCACCUGGACCACCACCUGGACCACCACCUGGACCACCACCUGGACCACCACCUGGACCACCACCUGGACCACCACCUCUACCUCCUUUAGCUGAGUCUCAGGCAACAGUUGCUGCCCACCAGCUCAAUGGCGGACUGGAAAAAACGACAUUCUUGGCUUACCCUCCUUUGGCUGGAACUGCGGGAGGGAGUCAGGAACCCUUUGGAGUGGAGCUGCCAUAUGCUCGUUCCUAUGAUUUUCAGUAUCCUACCCCAACAUCUGAUGUAUAUUUUCAAGGAAUUCAGUAUUUUCCAUUUUCUGGUAACCCACAACACAUGUCAGUUCCUCCUCCUAUGUUUCCAGUACCUCAAGCCAAUUUUAGUUUUCCUCCUCCUUCUAUGCUGAAGCAGCCACCUCCCCCUUUGGAAACGCAUGUUAAAAUGGGCAUUCCGUUUCUUCCACCGGGUUAUGAAACAAAUCUACGUGCUGUACACAAUAACUGUCAUGGAAGAGAAUCAAGGCAUUCAUCACAUUCUCGAAGAUCAAGGUCCCAUUCCAAAUCCCCAAAUUCUUCCUCAACUAGGUCUAGUGCUAGAAAUCACCGGUCUAGUAAUCAUAGAAGAAGGUCAAGAUCAAGAAGUUAUUCUAGAAAUUCACGGUCUAGAAGUCGGUCUAGAAGAAAUUCAAAAUCUCAAAGUGAUAACCGUAGGCGUUCAAGAUCCAGAAGUCGUAGAAGGCAAUCAAGGGAUCGAAAUACAAGAAGGUCAAGGUCUGCUAGUCGAGUGCGACGAAGUUCAAGAUGUUCUAGUCGGUCCAAGAGAAGAUCAAGAUCACACAGUAGAACUCGAGGUGUGUCAAAAUCUAGCCGUGCUGUGGGCAAGUCUCGAUCACCAUCUAGAUCUCACAAGUGGUCCAGGCUAGACAGGCAUAACUCUCCUAGGUCCAAGACUUCAACAAGGAGCUCAAAGAGUAGUUCCAAAAUACAUGAUUCUAAUGUAAAGGAUGAAAGUUCAAGUCCUAGCAGGAAAAUUGAAGAUAAAAGGUCAAAUGGAAAGUCUAACGGAGUGAAAACAAAUGAAGAUUGUAAAGAUUCUGUAUCGUCAAGGAAGCCAAGUGAAUCUACAAACGGGAGGAAAAGCUCUGAAAGAUCCCGGAAGAACGAUGAUUCUUUGGUUCUUAAGAGGAAUGGGGAAUCAGGUCAAAGAGAUCAGUCAAAAUCUGAGAGAGAAACUUUGGUUGAACGCUGGAGACUCAAUAAUUGUAAAAAUUUGGAAGAAAUGGCCAACAAACUUGUUGUUCUCUCCAAAAUGGAAGCAGAUGAGAUCAUUGAAUUGGAAAAACAGACAUGGACCCGAUGUGCUCCUGCUGAUUUAUAUUACCGGAGGAACCCUCAGCACCCUAACCUCAUGGAAGCAACACCAAAGCUACUAGAACUCUGUGAUCAAUUUGACAUAGAGCUUGUUCAAAGGGCAGAUCGUGAGAGGAAGACGUUUCCUGCUGAGCAACCAUUACCUAGAAAGGCUCGGUUUAAAAUGUGUCGACAUACAAAAGAAGGUAGCAAUUCUUCCACUAGCAGCUGUGAGGAUAGUUCAUCAGAUGAAGAGGAUAAAGCAAUGAUGGAACUGGAAAGAAAAAGGAAGCAUCCUCAACGCCUUCACUCUGAAUUGUGGCAUAAUGAAGGAGGCGAGAUGAAUGAUGGGCCUUUAUGUCGUUGUAGUCAUCGUGCUCGUCGCUCAGGGAUCAGACACAAUGUUUAUGUGGGAGAGCAGAAACUGGAAAAAUGUGAUAUAAACACAAACAAUGCGGGAAAACUGCACCAUUAUCGAAUCACCAUGUCUCCUCCAGUUAAUUUCUUGACCAAGACUCCUACAAUCAUUGAACAUGACUCCCAUGAGUACAUUUUUGAAGGAUUUUCGAUGCUGUCACACUUUCCAUUGGUGAAACUUCCUACCUGCAAAGUGAUCAGAUUUAAUAUUGAAUACACAAUCCUUUAUGUGGAUGAAUCCAUGCCAGAAAAUUUCACAAUCAAGGAAUUAGAUUUGUUUUAUAAUUACCUCUUUCAUGAAGUCUUAGAAUUGCAUGACUUGGACUUGAGAGCAUUUGGAGAUCCUGGGGGAUGCAAUCAAUUUCAUUUUAUGCCCCGCUUUGUACGAGACCUUCCGGAAAAUGGGAAGGAAAUAUUAUCCAUGAAUGAAGUUUUAAAGUAUCUUUUAAAGAGCAACAAGCCUCUUGUGCCAGAAGAACGCUUAAAUGAGAUUUUUAACAUGUCUUUGUAUGACUGGCAAACAUUUGCUGAUGAAGUGAAAUGUAUGGUUGUUACAAAACCAGGUAUGAAGCCCUGUUCACUGCGUGUGGAUCAGCUGGACCGUGAAACUAUGGAUGCAGGGGGUUUUCCCGAAAUUGUUCAUUUUGGUAUACGUCCUCCUCAGCUCAGUUAUGCUGGGAACACUGAGUAUCAAAAGCAUUGGAGAGAAUAUGUUAAGUUUCGCCAUCUUUUGGCAAAUAUGCCUAAACCUUCUCCUGAAGACAAGCGUAAACUGAUGGGAAAAGAAAAUCGUCUUCAAGAGAUGCGUACUGUGAGCAAAAUGAAACGUGAUGUUACAAUUGCCUUAAGCAGUCAGGGAUUUUACAGGACAGGAAUAAUGUGCGAUAUAAUUCAGCAUGCAUUGCUGUUGCCCGUUUUAGUUUGUCAUUUGCGAUUUCACAAAUCACUGGACCAACUGGAAGAGGAUAUGGACUACAAAUUCAAAAAUAGAUAUUUGCUGCAACUUGCAUUAACUCAUCCCUCCUAUAGGGAGAAUUUUGGUACGAAUCCGGAUCAUGCCCGGAAUUCUCUUACAAACUGUGGUAUAAGGCAACCUGAGUAUGGCGACAGGCGCAUUCAUUAUAUGAAUACCCGAAAACGAGGUAUCAACACUCUAAUUCAGAUAAUGUCCCGGUUUGGAAAGAAAGAGGCAACUGAAUCAAAUAUUGGGCACAAUGAGCGAUUAGAAUUUCUUGGAGAUGCUGUUGUUGAGUUUAUCACAAGUAUCCAUCUGUUUCAUCUUUUCCCUGACCUUGAAGAAGGUGGUCUUGCAACCUAUCGUGCAGCUAUUGUUCAAAACCAGCACCUUGCUGUCAUGGCCAAACGCCUGAAUCUAGAUGCAUACAUGUUAUAUGCUCAUGGAUCUGAUUUAUGUCAUGAUUUGGAGUUGCGUCAUGCUAUGGCAAACUGUUUUGAAGCUCUAAUGGGAGCAUUGUUUCUUGAUGGUGGUAUAGAAGAAGCAGAUAAGGUAUUUGGUCUCACUUUAUGGAAAUCUGAGCCAACUCUGGGAGAUGUAUGGAUGAACUACCCUUUGCACCCUCUACAAGAACAAGAACCUGCUGGGGAUCGUCAAUGGAUUCAACAUUUCCCUGUUUUGCAGAAAUUGACUGAGUUUGAAAAUCGUAGUGGGAUUAAUUUCAAACAUAUUAGGCUACUUGCCCGAGCAUUUACUGAUCGCAGUGUUGGAUACACUAAUCUUACUUUAGGUUCAAAUCAAAGAUUAGAAUUUUUAGGUGAUACUGUUCUGCAAAUAAUUGCUUCUGAAUAUCUCUACAAAUUUUUCCCUGAACAUCAUGAGGGACAUCUAUCGCUUUUGAGGAGUUCCCUGGUCAAUAACAGAACUCAAGCGGUUGUCUGUGAUGACUUGGGUAUGACAGAGUUUGCACUUUAUGCAAAUCCAAAGCAUGACAUUAAAACCAAAGACCGAGCAGAUUUGCUUGAAGCUUAUCUAGGUGCCUUGUACAUAGAUAAAGGUUUAAAGCACUGCCACUUGUUCUGUGAGGUGUGCUUCUUCCCAAGGUUGCAGGAUUUCAUUAUGAACCAGGAUUGGAAUGAUCCUAAAUCAAAACUUCAACAGUGCUGUCUCACAUUACGGACCAUGGAAGGUGGAGAACCUGAUAUUCCUGUUUACAAGGUUAUUCAAUGUAUGGGACCAACGAAUACUCGUAUUUACACCGUGGCUGUCUAUUUCCGAGGAGAACGCUUAGCUCAAGCAUCUGGUCAUAGCAUUCAACAAGCGGAAAUGAAUGCUGCAAAUGAAGCAUUGGAGCUCUCCACAGAACUUUUCCCUCAACUGGACCAUCAGAGACGUGUGAUUGCAAAAAGUAUGAAAAAACAGAAAAAGAGAGCUAGAAGAGAUGCUGCAUUGAAGGCUGCAAGAGAUGUGGAAUUACGAGCUGUUGAAGAAAAAAGCAGAACAAGAGACAAGAGCCGGCGCAGCCACGAUGAUAAAGAUAAACGGAGCAGACACAGAGAUGAGAGGGAAAGGGACCGAGAUAGGGAUAGAGAAAGAGACAAGACUAGGAACAGGGACAGAGGUGCUACUAGAGACAAAGAAAGGGACAGGGAAAAAGAUCGCGAAAGAGACAAAAGCAGAGACCUUAAGCGAGAUAGAAAUAAGGAAAGGGAUAAGUACAAAACAAGGAGAGGAAGCAAAGAUCGAAAUGGUCGGGAAAGUGUCCUCGACCGAGGACAAUUAAGUCGUAGCAAGGACUUGAAGGAACUGGAAAGCUGUGAUACUGAAAGAGAUCAUUUGAUACGGGAUGGAGACACCAACAAUCGAAGUGACUCUGUACCCAGAGAGGCCAGGCAAGCUGAUGUCCACAAUAGGGAAGAACAUGAGACUAGCAGUGCUCUGAGAGAGAAACUAAGCCCAACACUGGAAGAAUGCCGCUCCCAAUUGAACUUGGAGAUGAUGGAUAUUGAUGAUUAUCAGAGCCCCAAAUGUAUAGAGAAUGCAAGCUCUGAAGGUAGCAGUAGUGGCAGCAGUAGUCCUGCGAGCAGCAGGAGCAGGAGCAGGGCCUCCAGCAGGACGUCCAGCAGAGCCUCUUGCCCCUUCUUCAACUCUCCCUCCCCCCGCACCUACCGCACCGAUGCAAGCGACAGUGAGAGCAGCAGAUGCAGCAGCAGAGCCAGUUCUGUGGGGGACUUUGAUGAUGUGAAUGAAAAUGAAGACACUAGUGGAGUCUGUUUGCCCAUCGAAACAGGGGCACCAAACAAAUCCUACUCUGGUGUUACAGAUAUGCAGUUGUCAGGUGAAACAGGCCCUGAGAAGGAAGAUACCGAAGGACAGGCGCAGACAGUUGCCGAAAUUGAGAGAAAUGAUUAGUGUAAGUUUUUCGAAGGUAGUAAUUGCAAAGGUCCAGUCAACUCUUUGACAUCACAAUGUAAGCAAUGACCAAAGAAACCCGAGAAACCUAUAAAAUAUUUGCAAUAUGUGCCAGUGAAUCAUAUCAUGUGUAUUUGCGAGAAUGUAGUUUGUAUUGCCCAGAAGCUUUCAGGCUAUUUUCAUUUAAUUUAUUAUUCAAGUGUGUAUGGAAGUAAAGUCUGAUAAUACGCAUUUAUCAUUCAUUCUUCUCCAACAAUAACCGUACUGAUUUCUGCAAACCUUUUGUUGUACUGUCUCUUUUUAAUUUUUCAUAUAAUGUUGGCUGUAAUGCGGUAUUUUCUACAAGAGGAAUAUGUUUUUAACAUUGUGAUAUCUUUGUUCUUGAAUUUUUUUCUUUUUACAUGUUUUUUGUUGCUAUUAUGGAGAAAUCCUUUAGGCCAACCCUUAACGCCUACUCUUUGUGCAUUGCUAACAGCAGUUUUGAAAGUUUCAUAGUUGGUAGGUCUACACGAAAAUGGUUUCGUAGAAGCCAAAAGCGAGUCUGCUAAACCCAUUCUGUGGUUUUGCAUAUCAUCUUUUAGCAGGCCUAAAGAGAACUUAAGGAAACUUCUUUCAGCUUAGCUACUCUAUACUUCUGUGAUUCCACUACCUUGUAAACUGUUUUCCUAUCAAAUAUUUUAUUGCUAUUAAAUAUUACUGACAAUCAAAAGCAACUUAAUUUCUGAUUUGUUGUACUUAGAGAAGAAUUAUGCUGCUAGUAACAAAUUGGUGAAUAGGGCCUACUGCAAGCUGCAGAUAAGUUUUAAGACUGUGACAUGUAGUUCUUUCUUUUCAAUGAAACUGUUGAUACCAAGGAACAUAAGUGCCAUUUAUUUACUUUUAAGUGUUGUUUGUAGGAAGAGGAUUUAUCACCUGUGUGUUUUCGCAUUAUUGAAUAUUCAAUUUGGUGCUGUUGUUUUAUACAGUCCAUUUUAUCUUUGUAAUUUGUACUUCAAUUAAUGUUGCCACUUCCCAAGUGUGUCAUUCUCCUCUUUUUUAGUUCAAUACAUAUGUGGAAAAACCAA